UAGACUUUCUCUGUCUAGUGUAGUUACUAAACUUAGUAGGUAAUCAAUCUUUUUAGGCAAGAAAAACCUAAAGAAUCAAAGUGGCAGCAAAGGUGUUAACUAUAGGAAACAGGACAGCGAAUCUCCACCCUUCGUGGCUAAUCCUCCAAACAACACUUGGCCGUCAUUAUACCAUCUCCCCAUUAAACUAUUCAUAAUUGCCAACCCAUCAUUGAACAACUAAACCAUUUCAUAAAUUGUCUCCUCCAUUGGACCAUCUUACUAUAAAACCUCCAAUUUCAUCAACAAACAGAUAAACCCAAAAAACUUCAUAACAAACAAAAAUGGCAAUCAACAGUUAUCACAUCAGAUCAAUCAGUUUCCCAAGCAGACUACACAAAACUUCAACCCGAAUCGAUGAAGAGUUAACCCGAUUCAAAACCCAUGAAGAAGAACCCAUCUGCCAUGGCCUAUCUGGUCUCAUCGAGCUUUACAAAUGUCUCAACGAUCUACUUAACUCUCCCACGGCUACACAAGCGGUUUUAAAGGCAGAUAACAUGGGACGAAUUGGGUUCCUUCUCGACGGUUCAAUGAAGAUCCUAGAUAUCUGUGGUAUUACAAGAGAUCUCGUUGCUCAAAUGAAGGAAAACGUGAUUGAUCUUCAGUCUUCUCUUAGGAGAAGAAAAGGGGAUUCGAGUAACAUCGAAACAAGCAUAGCCAAAUACAUCUCAUUAAGAAAAUCCAUAGCAAAAAAAGCAAAGAAACUUGCCUUCACAUUGAAGCAAGACCAAAAAGAUGAUCAAGAAACAGAGCAUGUUGUUAAGAUCUUGAGCCAAGUGACCUCGGCUAACUUUAGAGUGUUUGAAUCUCUAUUGGGGUUCUUGGGGAAGACGAAAUCGAGGUCUAUGGUUCCCAAAUGGUUGCAAAAAGGGUGCGAAAAGAAUUUGAGUUCGAAUGAGUUGGAGAGAGUUGAUGAGGCUCUUUAUGGUGUUUGUAAAGGGGAGAAGAUAGUUGCGGCUAUGGAUAGUUUGAAGUGUUUGGAAAGUGGGAUUGAAGAAAUGGAGAAUGGAUUGGAGGGUUUGUUUAGGCAAUUGAUAAGGGCAAGAAGUUCUCUUCUUAAUAUAGUUUCUCAAUGAUUAUGAUUGAGAAUGGGAAAAAUCCGGUAUGGGGAUCCAAGUUUUAGAGGAUUUGCUUCAUGGGUUUUCACUCUUUUUUUUGGUUCUUGUAAAUGAGAUCACAAUUUGUUGAUAAAAAUAUGAGAUCAAUAUUGUUAUUGAUAUAUUAAUCUUCUUCAUCUUACUCUUU